AUGCCAGCUGCUGACUUCGACAUGGUGGUUGACAGUCCCCGGUUACACGGGGGUAAAGCCCCCGCCUCUACCCCCAACAACGAGAACGUUGUCCCGGCUUCCCUAAGCAGUCCUGCUGUGGAUAUCCUGCGGAACUUCUACCAUACCAAGCGUGUGGGAAACUACUUGAUCGGGAGGAAACUUGGAGAGGGCUCCUUCGCUAAAGUCCGAGAGGGACUUCAUGCCAUGACCGGAGAGAAGGUUGCAGUAAAGGUGAUAGAUAAGAGGAAGGCGAAGAAGGACUCGUAUGUGACUAAGAACCUUCGUAGAGAGGGUCAUAUCCAACAGAUGAUCAGACACCCCAACAUCACCCAGCUGCUGGACAUACUGGAGACUGAGAACAGUUAUUACCUGGUGAUGGAGUUGUGUCCUGGAGGAAACCUCAUGAACCGGAUCUACGAUAAGAAGAAGCUGGACGAGAGAGAGACGCAGAAAUACGUACGGCAGCUGGUGAUGGCUGUGGAACAUCUACACAGAGCCGGAGUGGUGCACAGGGAUCUGAAGAUAGAGAACCUACUGCUGGAUGAACAGGACAACAUCAAGCUCAUAGAUUUUGGUCUCAGUAACUGUGCAGGGAUCCUGGGUUAUUCAGACCCGUUCAGUACGCAGUGCGGGAGCCCAGCCUACGCUGCUCCAGAACUACUGUCCCGCAAGAAGUACGGACCCAAGGUGGACGUCUGGUCCAUAGGAGUGAACAUGUACGCCAUGCUGACUGGCAGCCUCCCCUUCACGGUGGAGCCCUUCAGUCUCAGGGCUCUGCACCAGAAGAUGGUGGACAAGGAUAUGAACCCUCUACCGCCCUCUCUCUCUACAGCGGCCAUCUGUCUAAUGAAGAAGCUGUUAGAACCAGAUCCAGCUAAGAGACCCAACAUCCACCAGGUCAUGUCUGACUCCUGGCUACAACUGGCUAACGCUAACACUGGAGCACCCUACCUCAACAGGAUCCACAUUGAGGAGAUCAACCACAUGGUAUUACUCCAUAUGACAGAGAGGAUGGGCUAUAAACACAGCGAGGUGCUGAGCGCCGUGCUCACCAACAGAGCCUGUCACACCCUGGCCGUCUACUUCCUGCUCAACAACAAGAUGAAGAGGCUCUCCAAGGAGUACAGGGAGAAGGUGUACCAGGAGAAGGAGAAGAAGACCGAGAAGAAUGAGUACUUCCAAACCCAGUGGAGGAAACACGUAGAGAAGGUCACCAUCCCUCCUAAACAGACUCCUGUCUACCUGGCCAAAUCCUUUCACGCUCUGUGUUAUCUGGAGAGCUGA